CCGACCAGACUCCGGGCGCGCCCCGACCACGACACCUGGCCCGACACCGGGCCCGCAGGCAACAACUUGGGCGACACGUUCCCCGCCACAGAAGACUGGGACAACGAGGAGUGGGCUGGAUCCAUAGAUAGCAAGGUGUUCGUUCCGAGUGCCAGCGCCGCGCCGGCCGAGCCGUCGGCCGGCCCGCCCGCCAAUCCACAGCAGGAGGAUUGGGACACGCCGGAGACCAACGGGCCGACGGAGAGCCAUAUUGGCACCUACACCUACCACAACACUCAUCACCACCACUCGCUCAUUGACCAACAGCCGGCGGCGGCGGCGGCGGGCGUAACAGCCGGCGUGGCGGCGGCCAGCCGCGUGUCGCCCGCCGAGCCCGCGCCGGAGCCCGCGCCGAAUCACGCGACGCACGACGCCUACCACCACCACCAGCAGCAGUACCCAAGCAGCAUGGAGGCGAGCGCGCAGCCGAUGGGCAUGUCAGGCAGUCUGUCCGCCGCGCAGUCGCAGUACCUGUCCCAGCUCACGCAGCAGUCGCAGCGCCGCGACAACAGUGUGUACACAGCGCCUUACGGUGUGUACGGUGGAGACAUGGCGGCGCAACGCAAACCGCAGCGGGCGAGAGUGCCUCCGCCGUCGAAGAUCCCGAUGUCUGCGGUGGAGAUGCCGGGCGGCGGCGAGGGCGGCGCGGCGCUGUUCCUCGACGUGCAGUUCGGCGCGCUCGACCCAGACGCGCUCGACACGCAGCAAGUGACGUCACAAGCGGAAACUCAGCCGGUGUCAAGUAGUCACGAAACAACAACGGAAGCGCCUACUACUACUAAUUACCCUAAUUCUAAUAGUAUGCAACAGUUAAGCGAGACGCUCUCGUCGGUGGUGGAAUCAGCGCCAACGACGCAAGCGCCCGUCACGACAGAAUCUCCAGUCACCAACGCCACCUCAUCGGUGGAGAAGCAGUUAAGCGCAACGAUGAAGCAGUUGUCAGUGUCAGCAGCGGACGCAGUUGCAACAACGGCCGCGCCGCAGCAGCACCUAAGCUCACACCAUAGGCCCAAGCAGACGGGCGCGCAAAAUGUGUACGCACAGCACGCCGUCAGUCAUCAUCCGCCUGUAUACGGAGCCAACGUCUACGCGCCGCAGGUGAACUCAACGAACGCGUCGCUAACGGGCGCAAGCGCAGCCAUGACCGCCGCGUAUCCGUCUAGCGUCACGCUCACGCAGUACCAGCCCAUGAUCAACUCAUACCAGCAAACGUCAUCGUCAGCGGCAGGCUACGGCGGCAGCGCGCUGUACACGGCGGCGCCGUACUACGCGCCCGCUGCGCACGCGCCACACACGCCGCCUACGAAGCAUUCGCACGCGCCGCACGCACAGUACGACAGUUCGGUGACGCCUAGCAGUAGCCUAACGAGCACGUCCACGACACAAACCUCCACAGCCAAAGUAGCCACAACCACCACAUCGCACGCAGCAGCAGCAGCGGCGGCAGCAGCAGCAGCGGGCAGCGCGGGCAGCACGCACCACGCCAGCGCGGCCAGCACGGCGCCCGCGCCCGCCGCCAGCGCCGCGCCCGCCGCCAUGUCCAACGCAGCGAACAUCGCAGGCGCGGGCUACGCGGCGGCAGCGUUAUACGGCGCGGCCGGAGUGGGCGGAGUCGGCGGCGUGGGCGGAGUCAGCGGCGUGGGCGGAGUCGGCGGAGUGGGCGGGGCCACGGGCGCCUACGCUGCGUACGACGAGCAGCUCAUGCGGAGUACCAGCACGCUGCCACAUCAUAUGGGAGGUUACUACGAGGUUGGCUACGGCAGUCGCGAGGGCACAUUCGGCUUGGGCGCUGGAGAACGAUUCGGACGCACAGACGCUGCCUCACCUCAACAGGUCCCUGCCGCGUUACCGCCCGGCUACGCUUACUUCUACCAGCCUCCACCUACCACGUACCAGUAUGGAGUCUACCCCACGUACGGCGGCGGCUCGAGCGUUACAGGCGUGGGCGGCGUGACGGGCGUAGGCGGCGUCGGCGGAGCAGCCGGCAAGGUGUCCACCUACACGCAGCAGCAGCCGCCCUACGACGCGCAGGACUCGUACAAACCUGGCGGCCCGUACUCGGGCGGCGGCAGCAAGGCGGGCGGCGGCGCGGCCGAGCUUACCAACGCCAUGUACAAGACGCACGUCGCCCUCAACAAGGUCAACAGCUACGACAAGGCGGCGUUCCACAGCGGCACGCCGCCGCCAUUCGGCGCCGGCUCGCACCUCUACAUCCCGGCGCCGCCGCACCAUCCGCACCACCACCACCACAGCGCGCACUCGCAGCACCAGGUGAGCGCACCACCCUCCACAACAUGUACACAGCACCAGGUGAGCGCACCACCCUCCACAACAUGUACACACCGCACGCUCCACAGCGGCUCGCACCUGCACAUCCCGGCGCCGCCGCACCAUCCGCACCACCACCACCACAGCGCGCACUCGCAGCACCAGGUGAGCGCACCACCCUCCACAACAUGUACACACCGCACGCUCCACAGCGGCUCGCACCUGCACAUCCCGGCGCCGCCGCACCAUCCGCACCACCACCACCACAGCGCGCACUCGCAGCACCAGGUGAGCGCACCACCCUCCACAACAUGUACACACCGCACGCUCCACAGCGGCUCGCACCUGCACAUCCCGGCGCCGCCGCACCAUCCGCACCACCACCACCACAGCGCGCACUCGCAGCACCAGGUGAGCGCACCACCCUCCACAACAUGUACACACCGCACGCUCCACAGCGGCUCGCACCUGCACAUCCCGGCGCCGCCGCACCAUCCGCACCACCACCACCACAGCGCGCACUCGCAGCACCAGAUGGAUGCCAGGGUGAACAGUAGUCAUAAUAGGCGGGAGAGCGGAGCGGGCGGAGGCCGCGCGGCCGCGUCCAAGCAGCCGUCGAGCAAGCCCACCUACUCGCAGUCCUACUGGACGCCCAACUAGGCGCCGCACAGGUACUAAACUUCACAUGUACAUAGAUAAUGGCGCUCGCGCCCCCUCAAGAGAGCAGUCAAUUGUCGGCGCCGCCGACUCACGCCACUGUAUUAUAACAGAGGAACGAAACUAUGUUGAUAACUUUACUUUACUAUUCCUUUAAAUUUACCGUGCACCGGCGCCGAGCGGACGCCUUCGGACGCCGGACGACGCGGCCGGACGCGCCCGGACGCCGGACACUCGAGGCCAGCCCUCGAAAGACUCGCCGUAGGUUACGAUUGUUUAAAAAAUUAACUGUAGUGCUAUGUAUAUCUUAUCUUUAUAUAUAAUAUGUAUAUGUAUGUAAGCGUUUGGUACGCUAUGCGCGCCGAAUUUUUUUGUAUUUAGUUGUCAAACUUUUUGUAAUUACAUUAUUAUUAUUAUUAAAAUGUCAAAUAGUUGAUAAUAUAAUCGUAUUAAACGGUACCGUAAUAAUAGUCGAGCUCUUUUUUAUGUGAAAGAAUGCUGUUGUGAUGAUCUCGCGGGCAUUUGAAAGUAUGAGGGAAUUACACGUAUUGGAACUUGC